AUACUUAAGGAAACGUACCCAACACUACCCCCGUCACGAUAUUAUUUGUAAACAUUAUAUUUUGUAUAAAUACGCAUGGAGAAUAACUCCUACACAGUUUCUUGGUGAGGUAGCUGGAAAGAAAACUUCACAAAAUGAUCAAGCUUACAACUGCAAUCUUCCUGACCUUGUGCGCCGUUACGGCCGCCAACAAUUAUGUUCGUGUAUGUUAUUACACAAAUUGGGCGCAAUACCGCCCCCCGCCAAUGAAGUUUUUUCCUGAGAACUUAGAUCCGCAGUUAUGUACACAUGUUGUCUACGCGUUCGCAAAGAUUGGUAGAGGUCACACUUUACAAAUGUACGAAUGGAAUGACGAUAAGAUGUACCCACGAAUGAUGGCUUUAAAGCAACAAAAUCCAGCUUUGAAAGUUUUGUUGGCUGUCGGAGGAUGGAACCACGAGAAUGGAGGCACCAGCAAAUUCUCCGUUAUGGUGAACUCAGAUUCCAACCGAAAAGCUUUCAUCGAUUCUUCAGUCGCUCUUUUAAGAAAGUGGGGAUUUGACGGUUUGGAUUUGGAUUGGGAAUACCCUGGUGGUCGUGGUAAUUCCCCUCCAGGUGAUAAACAAAGGUUUACUCAAUUGUGUCGAGAAUUAAUCGAUGCUUUUGACAAAGACGCUGCAGAGAAACAAAAACCAAGACUGAUGCUCACUGCUGCUGUUGCUGCUGGAUUUAAAACCAUCGAUGGCGGAUAUGAAAUUCCAAAGAUUGCAAAAUAUCUAGACAUUUUGAAUUUAAUGGCUUAUGAUUUACACGGUAACUGGGAAAAGGUCACUGGCCAUCACACUGCAAUGGAUUUUGAUGGAGCUCCUGGUGAUGACAGAAACAAACUUACUGUAACAUAUGCUGUGGAUUAUUGGAUCAAAGGAGGUUUUCCAGCCAACAAAAUCGCUCUUGGUAUGGGUACCUACGGCCGCGCUUUUAAACUUAAAGAUGCCAGCAAUAACGGCUUAGGUGCGCCUAAAGCUGAUUGGCAAAACCCACCUAAAGGACAGUACACACGAGAAGCCGGUUUCUUGUCUUAUUAUGAAAUUUGUAAAAUGGGUUUGACAGUUGUGAAGGACAAUGCAGUAAAAUCUCCGUACGGUUACAAAGGUCAAGAUUGGAUUGGUUAUGACGAUCAAGAAAGUUUGGUUUAUAAAGUCAAGACAUUAAUCAAAGGCAAGGGACUUAUGGGAGCUAUGUUUUGGGCUCUUGAUCUCGAUGAUUUCAAAGGCGUAUGCGGGGAAGGAAAAUAUCCAUUAAUCUCAGCUGUAUCCAAGGCUCUAGGAGGAUAUACCCCACCACCAGAACCCACUCAUGGACCAAGACCACCAAGUAAAGCAUCAACAAAGGCUCCUUCAAGGGGUCCAACCAACAAGCCGGUUACAAGCGGACCAGGUGGUAAAUGUCACGCCAUUGGUGUUUGGAAAGGCAACAGUAAUAUGGAUGCCUGGUGUGUUGCUAACUGUGCACGAAAUAAUUGUCCUGCUGAUACAUGUGCAUGUUAAAUAAAUAAAUAAAUAAAUAAAGUUUCAAAUAUUAGA